GAUUUAAAUGUUCAUGACAUCAUGUCAGACGUAUUAUAGAAGGUUGCUCGCGUCGUUCUGCACACAACUGCUCUCUACUAGCGGCAGCCGCAGACUUUUCUGGCGAUCGCCCUGUGUAGGAGCAUCAGCCAGUGACAGGUCUCACAUUUACACAUAACCAGAAUUACAAAAUGGUUGUUGACGAUUAUGAUGAACUGCUAAAGUUUUAUGAGUUACACGAAACCAUUGGAACAGGUGGAUUUGCUAAAGUCAAGCUUGCAAGUCAUCAUCUCACUGGUGAAAAAGUAGCAGUAAAGAUCAUGGACAAAGAUUCCCUAGGGGAUGAUUUGCCUCGGGUCAAAAUAGAAAUAGAAGCUAUGAAAAAUUUAAGUCAUCAACAUGUGUGCAGACUCUAUCAUGUGAUUGAGACUCCGAAGAAGAUAUUCAUGGUUCUUGAGUAUUGUCCAGGUGGCGAAUUAUUUGACUAUAUUAUUGCAAAGGACCGUUUAACUGAAGAUGAAGCUAGAGUGUUUUUCCGACAGAUUGUAUCUGCUGUCGCAUAUAUUCAUAGCCAGGGAUAUGCACACCGAGAUCUAAAACCAGAAAAUCUCCUUAUUGAUGAAAACCAUAACUUGAAGUUAAUUGAUUUUGGUCUCUGUGCAAAGCCAAAGGGUGGCUUGGAUUAUCACUUAAUGACCUGCUGUGGAAGUCCAGCUUAUGCAGCUCCCGAACUCAUACAGGGAAAAGCUUAUAUUGGCUCUGAGGCAGAUAUUUGGAGCAUGGGAGUACUAAUGUAUGCACUAAUGUGUGGAUACCUGCCUUUUGAUGAUGACAAUGUCAUGGCCUUGUACAAAAAAGUUAUGAGGGGGAAAUACGAUAUCCCAAAAUGGCUUUCUCCUUGCACUGUGUUGCUGCUUAGCCAGAUGCUUCAGGUUGAUCCCAAGAAAAGGAUUUCAAUAAAGCAUCUUUUGAACCAUCCAUGGCUCAUACAAGGUUACAACUGCCCAGUGGAAUGGUACAGUAAAUGCCCUCUUGGGUACAUGGAUGAAGAUUGUGUAACGGAACUGUCUGUGUACUGCAAGUACAGUAAACACAGCAUGUCUUGUCUGAUCUCCGAGUGGAAUUAUGACCACACCACUGCCACCUACUUACUACUUCAAUCAAAGAAGAGUCGUGGAAAGCCUGUUCGUUUGGUGCACUCUUUAGCUUUGGUGGAGCCCUCGUCCUCCAGCUUUAAGGACCUGAAAUCGAGAAACAAGCUGGACUUCGAGGAUUGUAACAGUGUUGAUCAUCCGUAUGUGUUUGGAUCCAUGGAGUUUUCAGAUGAUGAGCUAUUUUAUGAUGACUGUACGCUUAGUGGCAUUGAACAAAUGACUUCCAAAGAGUACUCAAAGUAUCGUGUGGAGUUGAACAGCAUGGAUUCUGCUCCAGCAACACCAAUAAGUCAAAGGGCUCAAACAAAGAAAAGUGAAAAUAAAGAGAACUCUGACACAAAGUUGUCCAAGAAUGAAGACCCAUUUUUGCAUCCAGGUCCUUGGACACCUGUAGCAACGAAGAAAGGCAUACUCACCACCCCCAACCAUAAUAUAUUGGCUGCCCCAAAAGAAAAAAGUUGCACAAAAGACACUCCCACAAAGAGAGCUCCUGUGGUCAACCAUGAAACAGCCACUGCUACAAUUAGUCCUGAUAGACGUUGUCGCUCAGUAGAUUUGGACUUAAAUCAAGCACAUCUGGAUAGUGCCCAGAAGAAAAAAGGUACAAAAGUUUUCGGGAGUCUAGAAAGAGGACUUGAUAAAGUAAUUACCAUGUUAACACCAAGCAAGCGGAAAGGAUUUGCAAAAGAUGGACCCAGAAAACUCAGGGCCCAUUACAAUGUAACUACGACUAAUAUCCUGAAUCCUGACCUGUUGCUAAAUGAAAUAACCAGAGUACUACCAAAGAAAAAUGUUGACUAUGUGCAGAAGGGGUAUACUCUGAAGUGCAAAACACAAUCUGAUUUUGGAAAAGUGACUAUGCAGUUUGAACUAGAGGUAUGCCAACUAAAGCCUGAAGUGAUGGGGAUCAGAAGGCAGCGGCUUAAAGGUGAUGCUUGGGUUUACAAGAGACUAGUAGAAGACAUUCUUACAAGCUGCAAGGUGUAGUUGUCACCUAAUGGCAAUUUUCUUUUUGAUAGGUUCUGUUAAUGUUUUAUGCACACUUUCUUCUCUCCCUACACUAAAACUCUAGAAUUUUGUUUGAAACUUUGUCUAUAGCUGUCGUGCUCAUCUAAUCUUGUGAAUAAUUGUAAAAAAGUCUUUUAUUUAUGUGAUUCUUUUAUUUUAAUCUUUACAUGUAUGUUUGUGUUAGGUCUUAAAAUAAAAAAAAUUCUGAGAUAAA